AUGGCUGGAGCUGAAGCAGACGCCGCUUUGCUCCUCUUGGAAAGUUCCAACUCCACAGAUUUAGCAGACGGGAACGGCGUCGAACACACUCCCUACACUAAGAACACUUUUGUGAACCAAGAUUUCGUGGAACCCACUUCUCAUCACGACGAGGAGGAGAAUGGAACGGACGCCACGCCCAGCAUUGAUAUUUUCAUCAAUAACGUUGUGUGCACGUUCAGCGUGCGCUGUCAUUUGAACUUGAAGAAGAUUGGCAUGGAAGGAAUCAAUGUGGAAUACAGAAAGGAGUACGGGAAAGUUAACAUGAGGUUUCGCAAUCCAAACGCAACAUGCACAAUAUGGUCGUCAGGAAGGGUGUCCAUUACCGGAAAUAAUAGCGAAGACAAUGCAAAGAAAACGGCCCGACGGUGUGCUAGAGCGAUUCAAAAGCUAGGUUUCCGUGUCCGCUUCAACAAUUUUCAAGUAGUCAAUGUUCUUGGGACCUGCGCUAUGCCCUUUGGCAUCAAGAUAGCAAAAUUUACCAUGGAGCACCCGCGUGUCGCCAGCUAUGAGCCUGAGCUUCAUCCAGCUGUCACAUACAGACUGAAAUCCCCACGAGCAACGUUGAAAAUCUUCUCGACAGGUAGCAUCACGGUCACAGCACCGUGUGUUGAAAACAUCUCCCUAGCUAUACAGCACAUAUACCCGCUAGUGGAGCCCCACGCAACCAAACUAAGAGAGGAUGUCAUCGCAAAAAGAAAGAUGAAAGAAGUCAAGAAACGGAAACGGAGGAAACUUGACGACAGCGAAGACGACGAUGAUACCGAUGACGAUUAUGACGAAGGUUAUGACAACUAUGAUUCGGACGACGACUCAGAUGAUUCAGAUGAUUUGUGACAGGAUUUUUUUUUUUUCAACGAUCGAAAAACCUGCAAUCGACUUUUGUCCAGAUGGUAUAUGCAAAGAAAAAAGGAUGAAAAAAAUUAAGACAUUAUUUCGAGACUGUGGAUGAUUACUUUGAUUUUGAUGAUCUUAGUGACGGUGUUUGUGAAAAUCGACCCAAGAACUCUGUCUGAUGAUCUGUGAAGAUUAGUUUUUGUGUAACAGAGUCUGAGAGAAAAGUUACAGAACUUAUUUAAGAAAUGUACAAAAGACUGAAGUUGUUAAAAAAAUUAAUUGAAAUCUUGCAGAAAAGUAUGCACAGAACCCAAUUUCACCCCCUUUGAUAAAGCAAAGAGCUUUUGUACUUUACUAGUAUCAGUGGUGAAGACCACUAUUUCAUUUUUAGGUUUUUAUUUAUUUUUAUGUUCACAGAAAGAAAAAAAGUUGAAAAAGUUCAGUUGUAUGUCAGAGGCAAGAGUUAUGUGUGUGAAGUAAGACGAAAUAAGAUGUUUGAAAUAUGGAGGAAAAUUUUAAUCCGCCGGAGCGGCUGUUUACAAGAUGUUGUAAAAUGUCCGUGUUUCCUUAACCAGUUGACGCCGGGAUUAUUUUGACAAGAACGGAACAAGGUGCAGGAUUACUUUUCACUUGACCUCGUGCCAGGCGGAUUGAAGCCAUCACCCUCGGGCAGCACACUCAUAUUUCCAGCCUCACUCGCUGCAAGUGGGUCGCUGACGGCUAUUUCUGGCAUGUUUAUCCGUCAUCCGUUCCGAAUACCGCAAAACCUUUGCGGGUAUACAUGUCAUCCGGCGCGAACUGGUUAAGUUUAAUACCAAAAAGUACAAAAUACAUGAGGUGCAUUGAGAAAUUAAUGGAGGUAAUUAAAAUCAGCCACACCGCUGAAGACUUUGUGACCAAUCAGAUAGUUUUGUGGCUCAUAAAUAUUCAUGAGGUAUGAUUAUUAAAAUACAAGCUGUUCUUCUUGAAGCAUUAACAUGUUAUUGAUGUAUUGAUUAUUACAAUAACUGUAUUAAAAUGUUCAAAAAUUCUUAACUUUGUGGACUUUAUGGUCUUGAAAACUUCAAUACAUGUACUCAAGUCACUUCCCAAAAAAGUUUUACAUUUAAAGUGCAAAAUUCAUUAACAUAACCAAGUUAAUGAAGCAGUUAUUUAUAAGAGACAAUUGCAUGUUUGUAUGGAGUGUUAUUUGUAGAAUCUGUAGAACAACUGAAAAUAAACCGUCAACAUUUGUAUAUAUUUAUUAAGCGGCAACUGUGGCCGUUAAUAAAUGAUGUUUCUAAAAAUAA